AUCAUAAACAAUGGAUCGAUUUGUGAUAAGAAAAAUUCCACCACCGAGGAUCAGUGUGGAUGAUUUGGCAUUUGAUCCAGCUAAGCGGAAAAAAAUUCAAGAGUAUGAUCAUAAUCAAAUAGACGAGGUACGCCGCAUAUAUUUGACUAGAGGACCUUGUCAACCUCGCGGUCAUACUUUUAAACAAAAAUCAAUAGGAGGUGUAUGGCGACGUUUUAAUCCACAAUGGUUUGACCAGUAUCCUGAUUGGUUAGAGUAUAGUGUAGAACAAGAAAAGGCUUUUUGCUUGUUUUGUUACUUGUUCAGAGUUCAAGUUGGAAAACAAGGUGGGAGCGAUACUUUUGUAUCAACGGGUUUUUCUAGCUGGAAUAAGGUUGAUAGUUUCAGUAAGCAUGUGGGAGAUCAUUCUAGUUUUCACAAUGAUGCUAAAAAUAAAUGUGAAGAUUUGAUGAGACAAGGUCAGUCUAUCAAACAUGCUUUACAUAAGCAAACUGAUAUUGUGAAAAGUGAUUAUCGAAUCCGCUUGGGCGCUUCAAUUGAUGUUUGUAGACACUUAUUACAUCAAGGUUUAUCUUUUCGUGCGCAUGAUGAGAAAGAAGAGUCAACAAAUAAAGGCAAUUUCUUAGAGCUUUUGAAGUAUACAGCCAGACAAAACGAGGCUGUGAAAAAAGUUGUGUUGCACAAUGCUCCUAAAAAUAAUCAGAUGACAUCUCCUCCUAUUCAAAAAGACAUUGCACAUUGCUUUGCAGAAGAAGUAACCAAGUCUGUUAUCCAGGAAAUUAAUAAUGAUGUCUUUGGCUUGCUGGUAGAUGAAUCUGCUGAUGUCUCAGAUAAAGAGCAAAUGGCUGUGGUUUUUCGUUUCGUUGAUAAAUUUGGGCUGGUAAAAGAAAGAUUCAUUGGCAUUAGUCAUGUUAAAGACACAUCUUCCUUGACUCUCAAGUAUGCCAUUGAUGCUUUAUUUGCGAAACAUGGGUUAAGUUUGAAAAAAGUAAGAGGGCAAGGUUAUGAUGGAGCAAGCAAUAUGAAAGGAGAAUUCAAUGGUUUAAGAUCACUGAUUUUGAAAGAAAGUAGAUCUGCAUAUUAUGUUCACUGCUUUGCUCAUCAGCUUCAGUUGGUUGUCGUGGCGGUUGCAAAAAAACAUGUUGAAGUUGGAGAAUUUUUUGAUAUGGUUCAUGUUCUAUUGAAUGCCGUUGGAGCUUCUUGCAAGAGAAAGCUUAUACUCACUGAAAGUAAUCGCAAGAGAAUGGAAGAGGGGAUCAGUAAGGGUACUAUUAAGACAGGAACUGGGCUGAAUCAAGACCUUUCUCUUAAAAGACCUGGAAAUACUCGUUGGGGAUCACAUUACAAGACUUUGUUGCGUCUUGGUGAGAUGUUUCCCUGUAUUAUUGAAGUUCUUGAACAUAUCCAGACUGAAGGCAUGGACGGCAGCAAAAGACAACAAGCAUUUGGUCUCCUCAAAUAUUUUCACACAUUUGAUUGUGUGUUUUAUCUACAAUUGAUGCUUGUUAUCCUGGGACUCACUAAUAAUUUGUCAAAGGCUCUUCAGAAAAGAGACCAAGAGAUCUUGAAUGCUGUCUCGUUGGUUGGAUCUACAAAACGACAGUUACAGAAGCUUAGGGACGAAGGAUGGGAGAAUUUUGUGGCUACAGUUUAUUCUUUUAGUGAGAAUAAUAAAACUGAAGUUCUUGAUAUGGAGAAAGAGUUUGUUGAUUCAAGCAGGCCAAGGAAAAAAACAGGCAUCACCAACCUGCAUCAUUAUAAGGUGGAUUGUUUUUACACGGUCUUAGAUAUGCAACUUCAAGAGUUUAAUGAUCGUUUUGACGAGGUGAAUUCUGAACUACUUGUUUGCAUGGCAUCCUUAAGUCCAAUAGAUUCUUUUCGUCAGUUUGACAAGUCAAUGUUGAUGAGAUUGGCUGAGCUUUAUCAAGAUGAUUUUAGUUCUAUGGAACGAAGAUCUCUUGAACAGCAACUUGACAUCAACCUUGACAAUGUGCAAAAAGAUGAACGGUUUACCAAUCUAGAAAGCCUUGGUGAUCUUGCUCGUGUAUUGGUGGAUACAAGAAAACAUCUUUCUCAUCCUUUGGUUUAUCGUCUUUUGAAGCUAUGUUUGAUUCUUCCCGUUGCGACUGCAAGUGUAGAAAGGUGCUUCUCUGCAAUGAAUAUCGUGAAGACUACUUCACGUAACAGUAUCGGUGAUGAAUUUUUAAGUGAUUGUCUAGUUUGUUUUAUUGAGAAACAAGUGCUUGAGACAGUGACAAAUGAGACAGUGAUAAAGAGAUUCCAAGAUAUGAGUGAGCGUAGAGUACAUCUUUAAGUUUUAGUGCAUUGUAAUAUUUUUUCGAUAACAUUUAUGCAUUUUUGCAUUUAAGAAACUUUUAUGACCCACGUCCAUAUUUUUCCUGGCUCCGCCACUGGACACGGGGGAUAAGCUCAAAUCACAGACGAAGCAGCUUGUGUUGGUCUCUAACCCUCAGCCUCAACCCUUGCGGACUGUACCCUCUGAGCCACAACUCCGGGCUCCUCCGGGUUUCCCUCCC